GUUAAGCCACUAUAAAUAAAUGUAAAUGGAUAACCAGUGAAUCGCAGAAGCAUUGAAAUCCUAGUUAUGCCUUUGUCAAGUAUUUAUUUAAGCAGUUACACGCUGACAACUAUAAAAUAUAUUACCAGUGAAUGAAACUGAUAAGCUUAUCUUUACGGAAGCGCAGCAACAAUAAAUCGGUUCGUUCUACCAAAAUCAAUUGAAGUUCUGAAAAUUGAAAUACAAUUUUUGACUGCGUGGCUGCAAGUUGUGGGCGUGUUUCUUUUUUGAAUAUCCCAGUCAUGAACCAGUACUUAUCUAUCCUACUGCUAUCCGCAGUGAUUGUUGGAGCUGCUAAGCCAGACGAUAGUGAAUCGUGUUAUUCCUACGCUGGCGGAUCCGUUUAUCCCGAUCAGCCGAAGGGUGACCAUCAGCUGCAGUUCACCAAGGCAGUUAUUUCCAAGCCAGCCCCGCAGUUCGAGGGAACCGCUGUUGUUAAUAAGGAGAUUGUGAAGCUAUCGCUAUCCCAGUACCUGGGAAAAUAUGUGGUGCUUCUAUUUUACCCAUUGGACUUUACCUUCGUCUGUCCCACGGAGAUCAUAGCCUUCUCGGACCGCAUUGCCGAAUUCAAGAAGAUCAAGACGGAGGUAAUCGGCGUUAGUGUGGACUCACACUUCACCCACUUGGCCUGGAUAAACACUCCGCGAAAAGAGGGCGGCCUUGGCAGCGUGAAGAUCCCUCUGCUCUCCGAUCUGACACACAAGAUCAGCAAGGACUACGGGGUCUAUCUGGAGGACAGUGGUCACGCUCUGCGUGGGCUCUUCAUCAUCGACCAAGCUGGAGUGCUGCGUCAGAUCACCAUGAACGAUCUGCCAGUUGGACGGUCUGUGGACGAGACUAUUCGCCUGGUACAGGCCUUCCAGUAUACGGAUACCCACGGAGAGGUUUGCCCAGCGGGUUGGCGGCCAGGUGCCGAUACGAUCGUUCCAAACCCUGAGGAAAAAACCAAGUACUUUGCCAAGAAUAACUAAGGAUAGAUGCGCUCGAGAUUUUACUCUGAGCGGUUAAGCCCAGUUACAUUCCAAAUGUCCAAAACUGAACCACAUUUACAUCGAACAACGUGCCCAACGCUUGAGUCCUUUGUACAAAAGUCUGCAUUGCCACCGAUUGCAAAUGGUUGGCAUUUGUCUUGUAUAAAAUAUAGUUUGUUUAUUUUACAGCAUAACUGAGAGAUAAAUAAAUUGAUGAAGUACA